GCUUAAAAAUUAAUUCUGUUUAAGAAAAAUCCCUAAGAUAAACAUUAAAUCUUUUAUUUAUCCCUCCCUCAGAGGGAAGUUAGCUUAUCCAUUUAAUAAGCUUAUUUUUUUCAUCUUGACGGGAAGUAUGUGAUUUGAUUGGAGAUAAAUUAGCCUCACUUAAGAUUGCUAAAUUGUUUCAUGAGGAAGUAAUCACCUAAAAGUUUCGUUUGCAUUUUGAAAACUUCUAAUAGUCUUAAGGAUAUGUGAAAAUAUUAUUUUCUUUACAUUUAUUUCCAUUUUCAGAAUUAAAAACCUGUUUUAGAGUAAAAAGUAAUUUUUCAGUAAAAUGACUUUAACCAGUUCUUUCUUAAGAAGAAAUGUUACCCUGUUAACAAGUAAAAAAACUUUUCAAAUUGUGAAUAGAACUUCAUCCAGUGGUAUAGCGCACAGUUUAAAUGUGAAAAAUCAAAUUGAAGAGCGCCGUAAAAGAGCUUUUCUUGGUGGCGGGGGUAAACGAAUUGAAGCUCAACAUGCUAAGGGUAAGUUGACAGCAAGGGAACGAAUCCAGUUAUUGAUGGAUGUUGGAACAUUUGUUGAAUAUGAUAUGUUUUCUGAGCAUACGUGCACAGAUUUUGGCAUGGAAAAAGAAAAGUAUCCUGGUGACAGCGUUGUGACCGGACAUGGUCUCAUUCACGGAAGAAAAGCAUUUAUUUUCAGUCAAGAUUUUACUGUUUUUGGAGGAAGUUUAUCUUCUGUUCAUGCCAAAAAAAUAUGCAAAAUCAUGGACCAAGCAAUACUGGUGGGGGCUCCAGUCAUAGGAAUCAAUGAUUCAGGAGGAGCUCGAAUUCAAGAGGGAGUUGAAUCCCUGGCAGGCUAUGCAGAUAUCUUCCAGCGAAAUGUUUUGGCGUCAGGUGUCGUGCCACAAAUUUCUGUUAUUAUGGGUCCGUGUGCUGGAGGUGCUGUUUACUCUCCUGCUCUCACAGAUUUCAUAUUCAUGGUUAAAAAUACGUCCUAUCUCUUCAUUACGGGACCAGAAGUAGUGAAGGCUGUUACAAAUGAAGAUGUUACACAAGAAGAACUGGGUGGAGCAAAAACUCAUACUACUAUAUCAGGAGUUGCUCAUAAUUCAUUUGAAAAUGAUGUUGAUACACUUCUAAAUUUGAGAAAAUUUUUUAAUUUCCUUCCCCUCAGCAGUACUGAUCCUCCCCCAGUUAGAGAAUGUGAUGACCCAUGGGAUAGAAUUGUCCAAAGUCUGGAUACAGUUAUUCCUCUAGAAACAACCGCUGGCUAUAAUAUGUUAGAUGUUAUUCUAGAUAUUGUUGAUGAAAGAGACUUCUUUGAAAUAAUGCCUAAUUAUGCCAAAAAUAUUGUUGUUGGGUUUGGAAGGAUGAACGGUCGUACUGUUGGAAUGGUUGGAAAUAAUCCAAAAUAUUCUGCUGGUUGCCUGGAUAUUAAUGCAUCUGUAAAAGGAGCACGUUUUGUUAGAUUUUGUGAUGCUUUCAAUAUUCCAAUCAUAACAUUUGUCGAUGUACCUGGAUUUCUACCUGGUACAAAUCAGGAAUAUGGUGGAAUUAUUAGACAUGGUGCAAAAUUGUUGUAUGCAUUUGCUGAAGCCACUGUGCCUAAAAUAACUGUCAUCACUCGAAAGGCAUAUGGAGGAGCCUAUGAUGUGAUGAGCUCAAAGCAUCUGAGGGGAGACAUAAACUAUGCUUGGCCUACUGCAGAAAUUGCUGUCAUGGGAGCGAAAGGCGCUGUCUCAAUUCUUUAUAGAGGAAAAGCUGAUGUUUUACAGCGAGAACAAGAAUAUGUUGAAAAGUUUACAAACCCAUUUUCUGCAUCUGUCAGAGGUUUUAUUGAUGAUAUAAUAGAUCCAAGCACUACCAGAAUAAGAUUGUGUCGUGAUUUGGAUCUCCUUCAGAAGAAAAAAAUGGACGUUCCUUGGAAAAAACACGCCAACAUGCCUUUGUGAAUAAUAUCUGAUUUUUAGUUUUUCUAUAUUAUAUAAUUUUUUUUUACUAUUAUACACAUUGGAAUAUAAGAAUAUUUUGUUUAUUAAUUCUACUUAAUUUUCCUUUGGAAAAAUAUGCCAAUAUGCCUUAGUGAACAAUAACUGUUAUUUGAGUUAUAUUUCUGUUUUAUCUUUUCAAUCAAUAAUAUUUGUAUUCUACUAUAAUAUAUGUAUUUUACUUUAAUAUCUGUAUUCUACUAUAACAUGUAGAUUUGAAUCUCAAAAAGUUAUUUUUUUUAUUUUUACUAAUUCUAUUUAUUUGUUCCUUGGGAAAACAUGGCAAUAUGUCUUAAAGAACUAUAGUUGUUUUUUGAGUUAUAAUUCUGUUUUUAUCUUUUCUGUCUAUAAUAUCUGCAAUCUACUAUAAUAUGUAGAUUUGAAUCUCAAAAUGGUUUCUUACUAAUUCUACUUAUUUGUUCUUUGAAAAAAACUUGCCAAUAUGCUUCAGUGUACAAUAACUAUUUUUGAUUACUAUUUUUACUACAGUAUUUUAUAGUUCUGUUUUAUCUAUUGUCUGUAUAAUAUCUGUAUUCUACUCUUGAAAUGUAGAUUUUGAAUCUCAAAAAAGUUUUUUUAUUAAUUCCUUUUUUCUUUCCUUCGAAACUAUUUGUUCUACUUAUUUCUUUAUGUGAAAAAAAUGUGCCAACAUACCUUAGUGAUCAAUAAUUAUAGUUUGAUUUAUAUUUCUUAAAAUAUGUUUACAAUAAGACAUAUAUUUGAAUCUCAGAAUAUUUUGUUUACUACUUCUGUUUAUGGGUUUCUUGGAGAGAAAAAAUAUGUAAGCACGCCUGUGUGAGCAAUAACUACCUUGGUUCCUAUAAUAUCUGUUUUUUUACUUGUAAUAUGUACAUAGAUUUAUACAUAUCUCAAAAGUUUCAUUAUUAAUGCUAUUCGUUCGUUUCAUGGAAGAAAACAUGCCACCAUUGCCUAUUUGAAGAAUAAAUAUUUAAGUUAUAAUUCUUAUCCUACCUGCUUUUUACAAUGACGCAUUUCAGAAUAUACUGUUUGUAAAGUCUGUUUUUUGUUCUUUGAAAAAAGAAAAAAACUUUUUCAUUUCGAAUUUAUAUCAAUGUUUCAAUUUAAGCUCAUACAUAUUAAAGAAACAAUUAACUGCGUUUGUUUCUAACUUUGUAAUGUUAAAAAAAAUUUUUUUGUCUGUAUUCUAUACAUGAGGGAAAAAAAAUUCUACAGUUAUACUUUUUUCAUUUGAAAAAAAUUAUUUUUAUUUAUUUGUUGGGAAAUUUCUGUAUAUAAGCAAUAAGUUAUUAUUUUUUUUUACCAUAAUUCAUUUUUUUCAUUAAUUUGAUCUUCCUGUUAAAAAUUUUAUUUCCAAAAAAAGUGCACAAAUAUAACUUGAUAAUUGGAAAAUUUUCUUAAAAUUGAGGUUGUUUCAGCCUAAUUUUACUUUACUUCAAAAGACAUUUAAUUUAUCUUAUAUAUUUAUGUUUCCUAUGCUGUCAAAAGUGACAGUUUCACAGAUUAAGGGUUUUCUGUUAAUUUAUAACUUUUUAAAUUUUUUUUCCUGAGCAUUUAAAUUUUAAUGAAUUAAAUUCAUCUGAUCUAGAUUUUUAAAUAUCAGAUGCUUUAAUUUAAAAUACAAUUCUAAUAUUGAAUUCUUUUGUAGGGACAGAUUUUAUUAAGCUGUUAACUAACUUUUUAAAAUUGUUUUAAAAGGUGUAAUACUAAAAAAAGGCAUAAUCUUUAUCAAAUAUGUCUCAUUCUACGCUUCUUUCAAUGAACACAUACAAACAAUUUAUUUCUAAGCAUUUACUGAUUUUCAGUAUACAAUUUUUUUAUAUAAAAAGCGGUACUCUCUUUAAGAACCAUUUUAUACUGUUUAUUCGUCUCAAUAAAAUAUAUCAGGGUAUGGAACUGAGCUACUCUUCCGUGUGAUUCGAAGAGAUUACCUAAGUUCGUAUUUUCCCCCCGUUUGUUUUAGCUGUUUAGCACGUGAAGGAAGAGCAAGGAGGAAGAUUACGUUUUUUUAGAAUAAAUUUUCUUCUUGGCAGCAUUUUGAAAAGAAGAAAAAAGAUGAGUUUGAAGAUGCAGAAAUAAGUUUCAUUAUUUUCAAAGUUUUUUUUUCCCUUUUAUUUUUUCGUUUUUAUAACACUUAUCUUCAAAACUGCAAGCAAUAUUUCUAUAUGACUAUUUUUUGCUUUGAGCAGGAAUGAUAAUAUUUUUUAAAUAUUAAAAGCAAAAUGGGUGAGAGAAAAAAACAUAUAAAGUCAUUCACAAUAACAAAGUUUAAUUUUAUUAAUAAAGCUAAAGAAUUUAUCUUAUAUAUUACAUUUUAUAUGAAAAAUUGGAUUAAAACAAGCUAGAGCAAAAUUUCCUUUAAUUUCUAAAAUAUAUUAACUGAUUUUUUUAUUUAACUAAAUUAUUCUCAUCUGUCAUAUACGAUAAACAAAACGGGAAAAAAGUUUUCAUAAAGAUUUUCUCAUUACAAUACAGCCUCAAAUGCUUUGUCAUAGUAUAGUCUGACAUACAAAUAAAUUUAAUAUGCGUAAUUUUUUUCCUGUUAAAAUGUGAUUGAAUAAUUAAUACAAUAUUGUGAUAAUGAUGUUAAAACACUUGUAUGUUUUUGAGUAUAAAAAUACUUUUUAUAUAUUAUAAUUAUAUAUUUUUAUAAAUAUAUGCAUUUAUAAAUGUCUAAAUCUUGUUGAAUAAAUAUUUUUAUAAAGCA